AUGAGGUCCAAAAUCGGCGAUUUUGCCGGAUUUUACCUACGCGCCUCAGGCUGGGCUUUCAUGGGUCCUGAGUUGGCGCAGGCUGGCUGACACGCGGCGCGAGCUGGAGCGUGUCGUCCCUUCUUGUGUUUCGUGCCGUGUGUGCAAUGCAUUGCAUGCCAACAACAUGCAGCUUUCACUCUCAUCCUGGAACCUGGAACCGAACCGGCUCUGUCGCUGCCGCUAUCUCUUCUCCGCCAGCCUCAACAAUCAAGCCAAGGCAGCGGGAUCGGUUCCAGUCGCGACACUCCCGACAGUGCAAUGCAACCCCAUCUCGGGCCGACAAGCGUCGCAUUAACGAGCUUCCAAACGAUGGGCAGGAUUCGGCACCAAGUGCGAUCGACCAGCUAGGCAAAAACCCACUCGGCAUCCGCACCUGCACCGAAACGAGCUCGGGGUCGUCCGAGAAAGACAGACGAGGAGAAGGAGAAGACGGCCAAAGCCCAGGCAAAACAAGCACAAGAGAUAGCACAAGACGAAGCGGCGAAGAAACGACAAGAUGAAGAACAAGCAAGGCAACGAGAGGAGGCGGUGAUGGGGGAGGGGGUGAUCCGUUCGAUGGCGAUGAGGACGACGGGGUCGCCUCCGCCCAGAGCGAAGGCCGGUGGGAACAUCCCAAAUGGCUUACAGAGCUCUACAAUUCCAAACGCGAGAUGAUCAAAGCCGCUAAUGGAUCCGGGGCGAAUCGUUCCACCAAUUGUUGCAUGGUUGGCUUCCGACCAAAACUGUGUGUGUGGGCUCGAUUUUACGACACUCGACGCUCUCGCAAUAAGAUCCAGAUCUUCGAUCCGUCAUUUUUUAUUGAGAUCCGCUGCUUUUGA